UAUAAAUAAGUGUUUUCUGGGUUUGAACUUUGUCUAUGGUGAAAAUUAUACUUGGAGAUUGAAAUAGUAACUUUUCAAGAAAAAUUCGGUAUAUUUCCGAAUAAUCAUGGCUUUCGGUGAUUAUCCAAAAGAGUAUAAUCCAUCAGUACAUGGACCAUAUGACCCAGCUCGUUAUUACGGCAAGCCUGAUACUCCCUUCGGACAGGUUAAGCUGAGCGAGAUAGGAUCAUGGCUCGCACGUAGGAACAAAAGCCCAUCUGCAUUUAUGGGUGCCUGCAGCCGAGUUUGGUGGAGAUGGCAGCACAAGUACAUGCAGCCUAAGAGGGUUAACGGAGCUCCAUUCUUCCAAUUGCUUGUCGGAAGCAUGACCUUCUUCUACAUGAUCAACUAUGGUAAAAUCAAGCACCACAGGAACUACAAGUACCACUAAUAGUGAACAUGGAUUGUUUCAUGCAAUAUUUACUUGUUUAUGUAUGAAAUGUAAAAUCUAUAUAUUAUGUAUUGGUUCUAGGUUGCAUUCAAUAUAAUAAAGCUAGUACAAUAAA